UACUACUUCCUGGAACAACGCGCUGCCGCGGCCUCGUACCUAGUGGAGAAGGAGGCCGGAAAAGGGCCGCGACGAGAGGCCGCUGCUGCUGCUGUUGCUUCUCCUUGGAGGCCCGCUUCUUCCUGCCUUCCUGAGGGUUGCCAUUUCUGUUUACACAUUUUCUUUGGAAUCUAAAAAUGACCUCCUUCGCAGGCUUGGUGAUGGGUCGAAGUAUACCAGUUGAAGUUGAUGAAACUGGAGAUUUGUCUUCAUUUCCAGAACAUUCAGCAGAGGAGAGUUUGGACCCUUCAGAUGAAAAUAUAGAGAACUUGGUACCUGUUGCAUCUUACCCAUCUUCUCAUGGAAUGGCUGGGCAGCCACGUUUUUACAAGCAUUCUAGUUGUCCAGAUCAUAAUAAUAUUAUACUGGAAGCACAUGAUUACAAUUUCCAGCAAAAAUUCCAGGAUUCUGGAAAGGAGCCAUCUCCUUGCCCAUCUGGUGAAUCAGUGGUCUCAUCAAAACUUAAUCUUUUAUCAGAUCAACUGCUGAGGUUUCAACUUUCAGCUGUUUCUCCUGAUACUGGGCAAAAUUCUGGCAGUUUGCACAGAAAUUCAUCUGAUAUGUCCCAUAGUUCGCUUGAUGAAAGCCAUGAGAGUGCAGAAUCAAGCCAGGCUCAGAGUAACAGGACAUCAUUAGACCUACAGACAGAAGACGUAGGAUAUAAUUCCCAACCUCUAGACAUUAUGGGUAUCCGACAACUAGAACCUCCAUUGCCGCUUACAUCUGUCUAUAACCUUCAGGAUCUUCCAAGGCCUCUGAUGUCUGGAGAGUAUCUACAGGUGGACCCUAGGCUAUGUCGUGUGCUCCCACAAGUGCCUCGGCCCCAGAUUUCCCCACAAGCUCAGUGGCAUCCUAGAUACUGCCUUCCUGAUUAUGCACACUACCAGAAUCCAUAUGGGCAAGCACCCCAACAACAUUUCGCAAACCCACAUCAACAACAGCAUCAAAUAGCAGGCCCCUGCGUAAGAACAGUCCAACCUGCUCGUCAGAUAAUCCCAAAUUUCUCCAGUCCUUAUUCUCCCAAGUACAAUGAAGAAAAACUUGCACAACAAGAGCUUCCUUCUGCAGAACAUCUAAGAAUCCAUGGCAAGUUUCAGGACCACCUAGUUGAUGGAAAACCAUCAUUUCAGCCUUAUGGUGCCCAUGAGGAUCUCUAUAGAUGCCCUCCUGAUUCUGCAGCUCAGCAUAACAUCCCACCAUAUCCAGUUGCCAUCCCAAAACCUCUGAGAAAUUUUGAAGUCAAGGGAACACUGAAGACAAGUAAUCUGCCAGAAGAACUGCGUAAAGUCUUUAUAACUUAUUCUGUGGACACAGCUGUGGAGGUCAUGAAAUUUGUGAACUUUUUGUUUGUAAAUGGAUUUCACACUGCUAUUGAUAUAUUUGAGGAUACCGUUCGAGGUAUUGACAUUAUCCAGUGGAUGGAGCGUUACCUAAGAGAUAAGACAGUGAUGAUAAUCAUAGCAAUCAGUCCAAAAUACAAACAGGAUGUAGAAGGAGCUGAAUCCCAGCUGGACAAGGAUGAACAUGGCUUACAUACUAAAUACAUCCACAGGAUGAUGCAGAUUGAGUUCAUACAGCAAGGAAGCAUGAACUUUAGAUUCAUUCCUGUGCUUUUUCCCAAUGCAAAAAAGGAACACGUACCUACCUGGCUUCAAAACACUCACAUCUACAACUGGCCCCAAAAUAAAAACAACAUUCUGCUGCGAUUGCUGAGAGAAGAGGAAUAUGUUGCUCCCCCAAUAGGACCUUUACCCACUCUCCAAGUUGUGCCAUUAUGAAUCUUAUACGUGCAUAGGAAACAAUUGUUAUAUGACUCUGUUGGCCACUGGCCAGGAUUUCCCUGGCUUUGCUUUCUAGGUGAUGAAAAGCAUGUGUAUACUCACUCUCUCCUCCUGCUAGUAUUGUCUUGGGAUAACACAUGCCCAUGUGUUUUCUUUUAUGCUGAAUAUUUCCUUCUGCAAUUGAUUAGACACACUGUUUCUCUGUCAGUGUUUAAACAAACUGGAAAGAAUGUCCCCGCCAUUUUUUUUAUUUUGUUUCUAGCAACUUGCUUUCUAAGGCCGUGGCAGAGCAAGUAAAUAAUGUAAAUGAUGCUGAAAUAAGCAAAACAUUUGCGUCCCCUGACUAGCUCAGGGUUUCUUUUGGUGUCUGCCAAAUGCUAUUACAUUGUGAAAUAGUCUCCCACGAUCAUUUCAUGGACACAAUAAAAGUUGUAUUUCCUAUGGUCAUCUUUUAUCACUAUAGAAGGAACGUAACGAUUUAACACUUCCAUUGUUGGUAAAUACAGAGAGAAACCCAAAAGUUACUGUUUGGUUAGGUAUAUUGCUUGGCUUUUUUGUAUUUCACCUCUCACUCAUAAGACUGCUGUAAAAAAUAGUACCCCCCAUGUAUGGUUCUCCCCCGAUUACAUAUGAGCUCACUUAUCCAAUAAAAUGACAUUGGCAUUUUGUA